AGGAACGCAAAGGGUCUCGGUCUCUGGUGCGCCGGCUGGAGGAAUGCCAGAGCGAAGCCUCGGAGCCAGCAGCAGGGGAAUGCCGGAGCGCACCUUUGGAACCGGCGGUGGAGGAAGGCCGGAGCGCAGCCUUGGAACCAGUGGCGGAGGGAUCCCGGAGCGAAGCCUCGGGACCGGCGGCAGAGGUGAGCCGGAGCGAAGCCUCGGAACCGGCGGCGGAGGUAUGCUGGAGCGAAGCCUUGGGGCCGGCAGUGGAGGAGGCGGCUCCGGAAAGCGACGAGGGGACGGGUCCACCGGCGGCUCACGUCGCUGUCUCCUGGCAGACAGCGGAGGUGGUGUUCCCAGAAAACGACGAGGGGCCGGCUCCACCGGCGGCUCACGUCGCUGACUACCCGGACGGAGGAAUCGACGGGGGCCGAAUCCGGGGGGUGCCAACACCAAUCUUGUCCCCCGGAAAAGCUCCCGCUGCAGGUCGGCGAGAGCUUCAGCCAGCGCCCUCUCCUCCCUGCCGGAUCUCCGCCUCGGUCCGCUCUGCCUCUUAGGAGGGAACCUCACUCCAGGUGGGUCCAUUUUUGAGCAGCCU